UUUCAAUUCGAGGGGUUCUCAGUCUCAGCAAUCUUACCUUUGUGUCCAGGAAUCGCAGAGCGCGGGAGAGGGGAAGUUGAAGGAUGAAUCCAUUGACGCUAUUCGAAGGAAGCGGAUCUUUGUAUCUCUGACUACCUCACCGAAGGUGAUCUCCUCGCCGUCUUCGCCCAUUGUUGAUGUCAACCUUGUUCGAGACAAGGGAACUGGCAAAUCGAAGGGUUUAGCAUUCGUUGCUUAUGAAGACCAAAGACGUUCAUCUCUCUCUGUAGAGGACAGAAGUUUGACGGCAUGAGAUCGAGGGAAAGUCAGGCCUGAUGAUAAAGAUAGAAGUUAAGGAGCAAAGGAUUAUAUGGGUGCCUCCAAUGGCCACCCUAGGGAAAGUAGCAGGAAGGAGGAAACCAGAGUUUGUAUGAGUGAUACGGAUUAUAAAAGCAAGUCAUGAGGUGAUCGUGGAGAAAAACAUGAAAGAAGACUAACAAGGGAUGACGAUGUUCUGGUUUGGAGGGAAAACUUACCUGCAAGAUCCAGAAUAUAUGAUGCUUAUAAUGAUUAUCGAAGAGAUAAUAAUGGCAGAGAGGAAGGAGAAUCAAGAAGGCGAUCAGAAACCUCCCCCAAGACAAGGGACAAAGGGAUGGAUAUCAAAUGGGCUUUUCCCAUGGUGAGGAUUGCGCCUAUCAUCGUCAUGGAGAGAGAUGAUCGGCGUCUCUAACGGGAUAUAAAUGGUGGUAAACCUGCAUGCUCAAUGAUCAUCUGGUUGGAUUUGAGUGACCACAGUCUUCCCGGCGUGUCUGCUUAAUGUGGAUAAAUGCAAAGCUUGCUACUCCUGUCCUGUCCUCCUGAGCGCAGUAAAGGGGUACAGAACACACACGCACGUUUUUGGUUAGCAAUGUAACUGAUUACCGUCUUGUUGUAAGUAAUCUAGAGUAUCAUCUGUUAUUCGGAGGUGCAUAGUUGGAGUGAAAGCUCGUUGAAUGUGAGAGUUCAUUGGUUUCUCCUAACAGAGGAGAAAGUUGGUAUGUGCCAAAAUUGCAGAUGUGAUUGGCAUUGACCCGUUUCUCUCCAUGGAUCUUCCUUGUUUAACGUCGUUUCUUGUACUUGCUUCCCAUGCUCUUGUGUUACUUCAAGCUUCGGGUGUGGUCUGGGCAGAAACGGUUCGAUUCACCGAGAAGACUGACGAGCAAGCAUUGCUUGAGUUCAAGUCUCAAGUGUCUGAACAGAGUGGAGUUGCUGCUCUGGCCUCAUGGAAUGACUCCCUUCCUCUUUGCAGUUGGGUUCGGGUUACAUGUGGCUCGAAGCACAGAAGAAUUACUGGUUUGGAUCUUGGAGGGCUGAAGUUAUCCGGGUUAAUCUCGCCCUUUAUCGGUAACCUCUCAUUUCUUAGAUCACUUAAUCUCGCAGACAACCUUUUCCGUGGCACCAUCCCUCUGGAGGUUGGAAGGUUGUUUAGGCUUCAAUACUUGAACACGAGCAAUAAUUUUCUCGGAGGAGAGAUCCCGGUUGGCCUGUCUAACUGUUCUAGUCUUUUGGCCCUUGAUUUAUCAACCAACCAUCUCGAACACGAUGUACCUUCUGAACUAGGGUCUUUGUCUAAGCUUGUCAUUUUGUCUCUUGGUAGAAACAAUCUAUCAGGGAGGUUCCCUGCCUCUCUGGGAAACCUGACAUCACUCCAGAAGCUCGACUUUAUAUACAACCAAAUGGAAGGAGAGAUCCCGGAGAGUAUCGCCAGACUGACACAGAUGGUGUAUUUCCGAAUAGCUCUGAACAAAUUCUCAGGUGUUUUCCCUCCUCCUAUUUACAACCUAUCCUCGCUCGUGUUCUUGUCCAUAACCAGCAACAAUUUCUCGGGUAGCCUUCGCCCUGAUUUCGGCACCCUUCUCCCUAACCUUGAAGUGCUCUACAUGGGGAUAAACUAUUUCACGGGAACCAUUCCGGCUACGCUUUCCAAUGUUUCAACUCUUCAGCAGCUUGAUAUGCCUUCUAACCAGCUAACAGGAAGUGUGCCAUUGAGUUUUGGGAAACUUGGAAACUUGCAACUGCUGGGGCUCAAUAAUAACUCUCUGGGGAAUUACUCCUCUGGUGAUCUUGAUUUUAUUGGUGCUUUGGCUAACUGCUCCCAACUGCAAUCCCUGAAUGCUGGCUACAAUAGUCUGGGUGGUCUGUUGCCUGCCUCCAUAGCCAAUCUCUCAACCCAGCUGACCGAACUUUCCCUUGGAGAGAAUUUCAUCUCUGGGAGUGUUCCUUAUGGCAUUGGAAACCUCAUAAACCUGCAAACACUAGACUUGGGACAGAAUCUGUUGACGGGUGAGCUCCCCGCCUCGUUAGGGACGCUUUCCGGAUUGGGAAAAGUCUUGCUAUAUUCAAAUGGUUUCUCAGGACAGAUACCAUCUUCCCUUGGCAAUAUCACUCGGUUAUCGUACCUUUAUCUGCUCAACAAUAGUUUCGAAGGAAGCAUCCCUUCAAGUCUCGGAAAUUGCAGUUAUCUUCUAGACCUGGAGCUUGGCACUAACAAGCUGAGCGGUAUCAUUCCGAGGGAGCUUCUGGAACUUCCAUCUCUUGUUAUAUUGAAUGUCUCGUAUAAUUCUUUGGUUGGCGUUUUGCCAGAGGAAAUUGGAAAUGUGAAACAUCUUUUAGCAUUAGAUGUUUCACACAACAAAUUAUCAGGGCAUAUCCCGCGAACUCUGGGGAGUUGUCUGUCUUUAGAAUUUCUUUGGUUGCAGGGGAAUUUCUUCGAUGGAGUCAUCCCGGAUAUAAGUGGUUUAACUGGCCUCAAAUUCCUUGAUCUGUCCAGCAACAAUCUCUCUGGCCCAAUACCUGGAUAUCUGUUGAACUUUUCUUCCCUGCAGAAUCUGAAUCUCUCUAUGAACAAUUUCAAAGGGGCUGUGCCAACAGAAGGGGUAUUUCGGAACUCUAGUGCAGUCUCGGUCUUUGGUAACAUAAGGCUAUGUGGAGGAAUCCCAUCAUUGCAGCUUAAGCCAUGCUCUGUACAAGUGCCAACCAAACCAAGAAGGAAUUUAUCAGCAAGGAAGAAAAUUGCCCUUGGAGUCAGUUUAGGUGUAUCAUCACUGCUGUUGUUAUCUCUGAUCAUGAUUUUCCUAUAUCGGUACGCACGGAGGACGAAGAGUGACCAGAAAGUCGACAACAAAAACGAUCUUUCUGUGAACCGUUUCAAGUCCUUCUCCCCAAGGAUAAGCUAUGAAGAGCUUCAUAAUGCAACCGGUGGCUUCUCUUCUGUCAAUCUGAUCGGGUCAGGUAGUUUUGGGGUUGUGUAUAAAGGGUUCCUCGGGGCUGAGAAUAAGGCUGUUGCGAUCAAAGUGCUGAACCUCGGGAGACGUGGAGCUGCAAAGAGUUUUAUGGCAGAAUGCGAAGCCCUACGAGGCAUAAGGCAUCGUAACCUCGUGAAACUGGUUACCGCUUGUUCAAGCAUCGACUUCAAAGGAGACGGGUUUAGAGCAUUGGUUUAUGAGUUCAUGCCUAACGGGAGCUUAGACAAAUGGCUGCACCCAGAGCAAGUAAUCGAAGGCAUUGACGACAACCUCCCAAGAACCCUUACCCUUCUUGAAAGACUAGACAUAGCCAUAGAUGUGGCUUCGGUUUUGGUCUAUCUUCAUUCUUAUUGUCACGACCCUAUAGCUCAUUGUGAUCUGAAGCCGAGCAACAUUCUUCUAGGUGAUGAUAUGACUGCCCACGUCAGCGAUUUUGGUUUGGCUCGGCUCCUUUUCAAAUUCGAUCCAGAAUCAUACCUUAACCAAUUCAGCUCUGCAGGCGUUAGAGGAACCAUCGGUUAUGCUGCACCAGAAUAUGGAAUGGGAGGUCAACCUUCGAUAAUGGGCGAUGUGUACAGCUUCGGGAUCCUCUUGCUGGAGAUGUUCACCGGGAAAAGACCGACGGAUGAAUUAUUCGUCGACAAUCUUAGCCUUCACAACUUCGCCAAGGCGGCAUUACUGGGAAGAGUACUAGACAUUGCAGAGGGAUCGAUUCUCCGGGAAGCGGAGGUCGGGACAGCUGAAUGCUUGAAACUUGUUAUUGAGGUGGGAGUGAAGUGUUCUGAAGAAUCUCCGAUGAAUCGGAUAGUGAUGGCUGAGUCACUGAACGAGUUGGUCUCUGUGAGAGAUCGGUUCUUCUGAGUCUGAGAAGACAACCUUUGAUAUCUUGUCUUUCAAAGUACAAUGUCAUGUACUUGCUAAGUUUUCAGUUUGAUUGUGAAUUAGAAUAAAGUAAAUUUCUGUUUUAACACCAAUGUUAUUUGCUAUACCAUACCAUGGAUCUACCUACGUUGUUUUUUUUUUAAUGAAUGGAUAAGAAAUUAUAUA